AUGAAGAAGCUCGUUGUUUGGGACGCGGUCGAAGAAACGGCGGGGUUUAACGAUCCCAAAUACGGCGGCACCGAGGCUGCGCUGGGAAAGUUCGAAAUUGCCUUCUUCAAGCAGGAGGUGCCGGCCUUUCAGUACAUCGAUGUCCCCGCCGUCGUGGAUGAACAAACUCCACCGUUCAUCCUGGGCCUGGCCGACGCUAAGGUCGACAUUGAGGCAAUCGAGGAUCUCCAGAAGAACAAUAAGACAGAGGAACUGAAUAACUUCCGUCUUGCUUCCGUCCAGGUAAUCAUGGUUUCCGAGGACGCAAAGCCGGCUGGGGAGGCAAAGCCCGUGGUGGAGGCAAAGCCGAGCCUGAAGGGGACGAAGAGACAGAACAUAUAUCGUCUCCGACCCCGAGGCAGACAGGACUCGAGGUGA